CCGCAGCUCGUCGUGCUUCCUGCCUUGCUGAGGGAGGGGACGGUGCUGACGGCUGGGAGGACGAAAGGAGAGACAAGAUAGCUUUCUGAAAGCUAUAAAAGAGUGGGGAACGGCCCGGGAUUUCACCGUCCGUCGGGAAAUAAACAUCUAGAUUCACUAAAGCUGCUAGAAUUGUCACCGAAUCGGAAGCAGAAAAAUGUCUACUAGUCGUCAGCAUAGCGAGAGCAGGGCCAUCCCGACCAGGACGGUGUUGAUCAACGACACAACGCAGCUACCUCAUGACUACUGUACCACCCCCGGAGGCACUUUAUUUUCUACCACUCCUGGAGGAACUCGCAUCAUCUAUGACCGGAAGUUCCUCCUGGACAGGCGCAAUUCUCCCAUUGCCCAGACUCCUCCAGCACAUCUGCCUGUCAUUCCUGGAGUAACCAGCCAAAAUAUCAUGCGCGAGAACCAGAAAAAUGAGGCCAACAACCACAUCAACAAACACGAUGGAAAGCCCGCAGCAGGUGAUGACUCUCAGUUUGAAAUGGACAUCUAACCGACUGGAACCACACCAGCAUAAGGAAAGAACCUGGCCUCGUUCACGCCAGCGGCUUGGCUUGUAGAAACCAAUGUUGUGAGCCCUCAUGGCAGCCAUCUUCUUUAGCUCUCUGUCUCACUGCUGGAUUGCUGUCUUCAAACCAUGGGGAUUCAGUGAUAUCAUACAUGCACAGCAGCUAGGCCUGAAAAAUUCGGCUUUUUUGAGUAACCAGUUGCUGUAUAAAUCCAUGUUUGCACAACAAGGGAGUGGGUCUGAAGAUUUUGUAACAAGACAAAUUUCCCGGUUUGCUUGUUGCAGUUCUUGUCUUACAGUUUUCUGCAACUCAGGAUCUGCGACGCCAUAAAUGAUAAUCUUUAAAAAAGAAUGGGGGAAACGAUCAUUUUUCGAUGGGCCUUCGAAUGAAUUAAAGGCUUUCCUUUUUUUUGCUGCAGUUUUUGGUUUUGUUGAUCCUCAUAAGCAUGUUAUUUAAACCAUCCUAUCUUUUCCUGUUUGGUUUUACUUGAAACGUUCAAUAAUCCACUCUCACUAGGGCUGCUCAGUUUUUCAGUAUGUGGAUGUGUUUUGUUUCAAUUUCAUUUUAUUUUUUUCCAAAUUAUAGAAGUAUAAUUUCAUGCCAAACCAAGCUAUAAGUUACCAACAAAAGUUUGGGCAGUUUUUCCUUUUUAUUCAAACCACAACUGAAUGUGGAUCAUUUUAAAUCAACUGCUUAUGAAGCAGAUUUUAAAUAUUGCCACCUAAAUAAAUUUUAUUGAUUUAUAAAAUACAAAAAUAUAUAUAUUACCUAAUAUAAAGUUACGACCAAGAAGAAUUUCUGCGCUCAGCUCAGACUUUUUGUCUUUUUCAGGUAGUACUCUGCAAUCUAGCAGCUCUUGAAUAUCCAGAGCAGAUGGAAAUCUACAACAUGAUAAUAAUUCAUUUUUAUAUUCAGUUUCAGUUUUUUAAAUAAAGCUAACUUGAAAUGAUCCAGGUUUUUAUAUACAUUUUAUUUAAACGCAGUUGCCCAGUAUUUAGGGUUUUUUUGGGUGAAAAUUCUGACAAACUUUUACAUUUUCUCAUGAAAGAGAGGAAACUUUUAACUGCAUCAGGCUGAAUAGAUACUGUAUAUUUUAGAAAUUGAUCCCCCAGUGUCCUUAAUCCAUUUGACAUGAUCUUCUUUUCAUGCAUCAUAGCCACCCAUGCCUUACUUCACUUGAAAUGCAGUAACUAAACUAGUUUCCUUGUCAUCAGGUUGCACUUUCCAAGAAAGGUUUAUUUUUUCAAGGUAACACUGAAUAGAAGAGCAUGUACCUGACAGUGAAGCAAAACAUAUAUAUAUUUUUUGUCAUGAUUUCUCUCUUCAGACCGCUAUGAAGUUUUAAAAAAACUUUGGUGACAUUCAAAGGGGUUUCAAAUGUCGACGGCAUCUUUUUUCAAGUGCCACACUCUCAUUUUAACCCACAACUAUUUUUUUUGUUGUUGUUGUUUUCCACCACACAGUAUGUUUAGCGAAUUUUGCAAACCCGAGUAAAGGUUUCACCUUGUCUCUCAGAUCUACCGGCAGGAAUUCUUAAAUUGAUUUAUUAUUGGUACCCUCUGCAAAAUUUUUUGGUGACAAAAUCCCUGAGAGUCGGGACAAAACCUGUUUGAAUUGCACAUUCUUUGGUGAAAGUUUUCAUAUUACGACAUGCAGAUUUAUUUCAAUUGGUUUGACGAUGAGGGCUUGGUGUGUGUCGGAAAAAGGUUUUGAGGCAAAUUGACUGUAACCUUCUGUCUUGAUUUCAAAUAAUGUUUUAUUUCAAAUAAAACUUCGAUGCCAGUGGACACUGUUGCUGCGAGAUCAAUAAAAUUCUUUAACAGAGAAUAGAA